UGGCGCCACGCUGGGCCUUCUCGAGGUGUUCCCAUGUGGGGAGAGCUUAUUAGAUUUCCUUUUCUCUGGUUUUAAGAAAUGCCCAUGUCAACCCAUCAAGAAGUUGUAUGCCCACUACUGGCCCACGUCCCCUCCGCUAUCUUUUCCGCAAUCGCCCUGAAGUUCAUGCGUACCAUGUCGUAGUCGCUUCUGUUGGGACGACAUGCAAAGGGAUGGGACUUCUGACAGCAGGCCUGAUUCUUUGGCUGGUUAAAACAACUCGCAGCCGCUUUUCGAGUGGUAAUGCAAGGCUAAAGAACGCACUUUUCGGCUCUACGAAGGAAGCGGACUAUAAUGCUCUGGCUAUGGAGGCCAUCAAAGACCAUCCUAUGAAGCCAAGUAGGCCUCGAGACACCCAAUGGGCAGAGGGCUUGAGAGGCAUCGCAGCAGUGGGAGUUGUUAGCUCUCACAUCUGCCUCGCCUUUUUCCAGCAGCUAAUUACGCCGACAACUAACGGACCCGAUGGGCCGCCAAUGCUUUUUCAGCGACCGAUUUUCCGCCUUGUUGUGCAAGGUCAAUCGUUCGUAGCUCUAUUUUUCAUUCUCAUGGGCUUCGUCAACUCACUUAAGCCUCUCAAACAGGCCCAAAGCAAUCAGCAGGAGGAGGCACUUCUUUCUUUAGCCAGGAGUGCUCUUAACCGUUCAGCUCGGCUUGUACUCCCUGCAGCAACGGUGACAUGUCUUGCCUGGACAGCAUGCCAACUGCAUUUGAAUGAGACUGCAAGAAAGAGUGACGCAUACUGGCUGUUCCAUACGAGUAUGGGCGUUAUACCAGAUUUUGGCAUGGCCGUGCGGAUGCUCAAAGAUUCACUAAUCGCAACUUGGGUCUGGGGUGAUAAUCCAUACGACCAGCCGCAAUGGGCUUUAAAGUGGCUCCUAAUCGGGUCUUUCUGGAUAUUCUGCAUUCUACUAAUGACGAUUACUACGCGUCCUUUCUUUCGAAUAUGCGUUCUUGCAGUGGCGUACUGGUACUCAUGGACCUCGGCCGACUGGACUCUCGGAACGAAUAUCUAUUUCGGCAUCUUCCUAGCCCAACUCCAUGUCCUCCUCUCAUCCUCCGACACGCCCUCGUACUUCAAGCGGGACAAUCUCACCACACGUGUCGUGCCACUGUGUACUGCAUUUCUCGGCCUAUACCUAAUGUCAUACCCCUCAGAUUUCGCACAAGAUGCAGCUUGGUCUCGAAGACUCACACAUCUGGCAGACCAGAUUGCACCUCCACAUGGGGAGAUGGCAAGAUUCUGGGCAUCGGUAGGAGGCCAGAUUCUGUGCCUAUCCAUCUACUUUUCGCCCAUUUUACAGCGUUUGCUGUCGUCACGGAUUCCAUGUUAUCUUGGCAGCGUCAGCUUUUCUAUGUAUCUCCUACAUGGUCCUCUUAUGAGGAGCAUUCUAGCCAUGCUUGUAUUCGGCCCAGCAGCGCUGAGGGACGAAUAUACUGUUGGCAGCGAUGGCUUCUUACGAUAUGCCAUUCCACCGAAGUGGACUCUAUUUAUCACGCUCCCAAUAUUCGGGAUCAUAUUAUUGACUUGUGUUCAUCUUUGGGCAAAAAGGGUUGAGCCAAUCUUUGCGAGAAUUACAAAAGGCCUGGAAGAUUUUGCGACAGGCAGGUACAGCAAGAACAAGCCAAAUAGUCCUCUUCAGUAUCCAGUCAAGAAGACUGAGGUACAAUCGUAAUAGCACUUCGCAUAGCGUUUUGGAUAGGAAGGGCAUGAGGGAAAAACAUGUAACGAACGUCAAUUUGUGUAAUAUUAUACAUCUAACUUGAAUAUUUUCUUCCAGCCUCAAACAAGAUCGCAUACAAAAUAUAGUUUGCAAUUAAUCCAAAU